AUGGUUGGAGUACUGGCACACUACCGCUCAAAUCAGACCAAUGGUGAAGAGUCAAAGGGUCAAUAUAUUGAGAAGUGGCUUCAGAAUAGUAUAAAAUGGACACUGGCACACCAGUCUUCGACCAUCUCCCGAAAGACAGCACCUGUCCAGGCCAUUUCCCAACCAUUUAAAAAACUCAAGAAAUCUGUUAAGGUCGUGCUUAAAGGGAAGACAACUCAAAGGGCUUUGGCUUCAGCUUGUGCACUGCACCCCUUACCCAAGUACAUGCCCUUAAUUUCCAAGGGGCAGAGGGGAAGUCCGACGGAAGUCCGGGGAAGUCCAGAGGUCAGACGUCGGGGGAGUUCAGCGGAACUCCAGAAGAUUAUGAGGGAAUGGAGUAAGGCUACUAUGGACAAGUCCAGAGUAGAAAUGGAAUAG